AUGAGGACAAUCAUGGCAGAUAGCUCCCAAGACUUCUCCUCCCGCAGGCACUUCCACUGGACAAAGAAGGUCAGCAAUGAAGAAGACGAAGCUCCACCCCUUAAGCCCCCCUCCCACAACCCCCCUCCUCCUGACGACGACAAAAAACAGAGCAACGAUCACAAGACCGCAACACCGGAGCCUCCCGCCUCUGCCGUCUCCACCACCGCCGCCUCCGCCGCCGCCGCCGCCGCCGCAGGAACUAAGAAGAAACUGCCGGCCGUAGCAGUUUCCAGGCUCCGAUCCGUCCUCACCGCUUUCGGCAGAAACAAAGCAAACCCCCCACCUCUAGGCCUCGGCACCAGAGUGGUGGGCACGCUCUUCGGCCACCGCCGCGGCCACGUCCAUUUCGCGUUCCAGAGGGAACCCAGUUCGCCGCCGGCGUUCCUGAUCGAGCUCGCGACUCCGAUCAGCGGUUUGGUUCACGAAAUGGCGUCGGGAUUGGUGCGAAUCGCGUUAGAGUGCGACAAGGAGGAGGAGAGGAAGGGGGUGAGGCUGCUGGAGGAGCCUCUGUGGAGGACCUACUGUAACGCGAAGAAGUGCGGGUUUGCAUCGCGGCGAGAAUGCGGACCCAAGGAGUGGAAAGUCUUGAAGGCGGUGGAGCCAAUUUCCAUGGGCGCCGGGGUUCUGCCGGCGGCGAGCAAGAACGAUGCGGACGGUGAGGUCAUGUACAUGAGGGCCAAGUUUGAGCGAGUUGUUGGGUCUAGAGAUUCGGAAGCUUUCUACAUGAUGAACCCAGACAACAAUGGAGCUCCUGAACUCAGCAUUUACCUGCUCAGAGUCUGAAGGAGGCAGAGGCAGAGGCGGAGGCAGGGGACUUUCUUUCUUUCUUUCUCUAUGCUUUUUCUGAGAUUUUAGCAGAGCAAAAUCUAAUUGAUGAUAUUUGUUCUUCAACUCUUGGUCCAGGAAAAUGGGGGCUGAGCUAGCUAGAUAGCUACCUAGCUAGCCAGUUACUUCUUUCCUCUGUUAAUUUGUUUUUGCUUUCUUUGUUC